GUGACUGAUUGGGUGUAAUGGUGUAUAGCACGCGUGGGCAUGAGGAAAUGAAGAAGAAAUAGUGUGCGAGGAGAGAGGGGAAAGUGAAGCGAAGAAAGUCGGUUUAUGAUUUGUGAAAGAAGCUAAACUGAGGUGAAUUCUGUGCGCGGUUUCUACAUCCAUGUCUAACUACGGCAGAUACGAUCCCCAUUCGCCCUACGCUCCUUCGGCACCAUCCUUACCUGAAAACCACCCUCCCUAUUCCACUUCUUCUUCUUCCGCUGCUGCUCCUCCUCCUCCUUCAAAUUACCAAUAUGCCCCUCACACCGCUACUCCUCCUCCGCCACCUUCAACCUACAACACCUAUGGCACCACCGCUACUGCUGCUGCUGCCACUGCUUAUGAUCAUGGUUCCACCUACCACGGGGCUGGGACUGCAUAUGGCCAAGCUCCAUCAUCUGCGUAUCCUCCUCCUCCUUCGUCUUCACAUGGCUACUCCGCUUUCCCACCAGGGACGCACCCCGAUGUCAUUAGGAGCUUUCAGAUGGCCGACACAGAUCGAAGCGGCUUCAUCGAUGAGGCGGAGUUGCAGCGGGCUCUUUCUUCUGGAUACCAGAAAUUCAACAUUAGAACUAUCCGUCUCCUCAUGUUUCUCUUCAAGGAUCCUACUCAGCCUCCGAGAAUUGGGCCAAAGGAAUUUGCAGAAAUCUGGAAUUGCAUUGCUCAUUGGCGAGGCAUAUUUGAGAGAUAUGAUAAAGAUAGAAGUGGGAAGAUUGAUCCACUAGAGCUAAGAGAUGCUCUGUAUGGUAUUGGCUAUGCAAUACCAGGCACAGUUCUACAGCUGCUGCUUGCCCAGUAUGGUGAUGGAAAUGUUAAGAGGGUUGAACUCGGAUUUGAUAGUUUUGUUGAGUGCGGGGUAAUUAUCAAGGGUCUGACUGAAAAGUUUAAGGAGAAGGACAAACGUUAUACUGGUUCAGCCAAACUUUCAUACGAUGAGUUUAUGGCUAUGGUCAUUCCAUUCCUUGUAGCAUAUGAUGAUUGAGAAGCUUGUCAUGUGCUGCUCUUCAAGAGUUUAUAGUUUUUCUUCUCCAAUAGAAUGUUUUACAAGUUUGAUAGUCGAGGAAUUUCUUAAAGGUGUAAUGCUUUGUUAUAUAGAUAUUGUUCGGAACAAGUUAGUUUCAGCUGUAAUAGUAUAAUAGAUAAUCCGCAAGUAUAAGUAAAAUCCUUUUGUAUAUUCGAAUUUUUUAUUUAUUUUAAAGUCAAUAUUAACUUAUUAACAUCAUUUCUAAUCGAAAUUGAGACAUCUCGUGACCAAGACUUUCGAACAAAUCUCAUUAUGUAAUUACAGGUUGGAGUUUUAGUUGGCACUUGGCUGCAUUUGCUCAAGCAAUCAAGCCUGUCAAGUGAGUUGCUUCUUGUGUUUCUUUAUUUUGGCUGCAUAUUGAUUAGUAGU